UGUGUGUCAAGUAACAGAAAACAUCGACGGAGAGUUUUAUAUACGUGUAUUGCAUAUUUAGAUGACCGAUUAUGAAAACUUAACCAAAAACACGCAUAAUUGAAAUGGUUUUCAAUAACCAAGUCAUGCAUGAGUGCCCAAGUUUACGUUUGCUCCCAAGUUUACGUAUGCUCGAAUAUUGAAUCUAUAUUAUCUACGACAUUGUGAAACAUGACAACUAAAACCAUGGCAACAAGUUCACAGACUUUGAAGAAAUCGAUCUUAAAGAAACCGCCAAAAAUUGAGUUUACAUCUUUGAAGAAAGACAGCAGAGAACUGUGGCGAAAAGCCAAGAAUGUUAGCCUAACGUCUGGGUUGUCAAGGAAACCAAACGCUAUGAAGAUGAGGAUGGAGGUUGACAAACUAUGGGAGUCCAGUCAGCUACUCAUGAAGAAAGAAGGGUUGGGACUUGCAGAGGACGACAUAGAAAAGUUAAGAAGAAUUAUUAAAGAAGCUGUUGAUAUGAGUAGCCGAAUUCGUGUGCUCAUCCGAGAAAAAGACACAUAUACAGAUGAAGAUGUUGUUGGCCAUGCAAAGGAUAUAAACAACUUACAGCUGUUUCUACAUAAUGUAGUGGAGAUCUGGACAAAAGUUGAUGACCAUCUGAAAGAGAAAUUUUCUCACCGAGUUAUGGCAGAAAUGAUGGAACUGGCCACAGAUAUAGCUUCAGUCUACGGAGAAGUCAUGUCUAUAUUUCUGCAAAGGUUCGGUCUCGAUAUUGUACCUUUGCUCCGUCCAGUGCAUGGUUUGUUCUACAGUAUUAGUAUCCACUGUCGAUACCAUUGUCCGGACAUUGCCGAGGAUGAUGUCAACGAGAUGAGGGCAUUGUAUAGCAGCUUUCUUACCGCAAUGUUGAACUUCAUGAAGAGCACAAAAGUCCUUCUGAAGAGACUAAGAUUUGACACCGAGAUUAUUGCACAAAGAAGGCGACUUGUUCAAUCAAAUAUAUCAGCUGUGAUUGAAGUGAUGCACUCCAUGAUUAAAGAUGGUCGAAUGUGCGCGGCUGCGGAGUAUGUAGACACAAUAGAAAGAAUAGGAAGCUUGUGUACUGACAUUUUCUUUGUCGUCGGCAAAACAUCGGGGAUAGCAGAACAGCUUGAGUUAGGAGAGGGGGUAUUAGCUCUAGAACCAGCGGAAGUGCUCGGGGAGAUAUGCCACUCUGACGUCAUGAGAUGUCCUAUAGAGCAAAGACCUGUUGUGCUGAAAAAUCUCGAGAUUGACGAUGGGUCUUCAUUUAUUACAGACGUUUUUGUCCAAACCGGAAGUACAUUCAACCCUUCUCAAAAGGUCACAUUGCGCAUGCCUUUCUCCGGUGCAGCGUUUCCGCCAGGAGCGGUUAUCAAAGUGAAACUGAAAAUAGGCGAGGAAUGGUAUGACACUCCAGGCAUUAUAGUGCGUGAUCAAGGUCCAGAUUCUCUUCAACUUUUACCAGACGGUGUUAUGAAAGUCAGCAUUAAAAAUCAAAAGAAAGACAAAGAAAAAGUCCCUACCCCUGUUACGGAGGAAAUGAUUGAGUUCAGCUCGAAGUAUAUGCAGGCAUUUGUUGCAACUAUAGAAUACAUUGCAUUGAUGAAGGAGCUCUCCCCAUCUGGAUAUUGUUAUAUAUGUCCCGAGGACGACAGAGUCAGACUGAACUUUCCCGAAGAUUGUGUCUCUAAUUUAACAUCACUGGCAUUCAAGUUGAUUCAAAUAAACCGAGCAAGGAUGUUUGAUUACAAGGAACAAUGUCCUAAUUUAUGUCGUAACAUCUUGGCUAUGUCAGAUAUACUCAAAGUGUAUCAUGACGACAACGUCGUAUUUAUGAAACCAGUUAUGUGUCAUUUGCCUAUCCCUAAUGACAUCGACGACACAGAAUCAGAAAUUGUCAUCUUCCGCUCACGUGAUGACGGUGAAUUGGAGCUUAUACCAAAACGAACAGCGAUGUUAUGUCCUUCUUCACAAAACUGUUACACAUUUCAAGUACAGAGUUUUAGCGGAAUUGCAAUAGGGAAGGUAAAAAAGAAGAACUUAAGGAAAAAUCGUGCAUCAAUUGUAGAAGAGUAUGAACUUUACACAGAAGAGGCGUACAUUUGCAAUAUUCUCACAUUCCUUGAUAAAUCUUUACUACAUGUGGGUCUAGUCAAGGUGUUUUGUGAAGUUGUGGAGAGGAGGUUUGUCAAGAAAGCAUUGAGAAGAAGAACAAAGGAAGGAUUAUUUGAGGUCCCUGGAAGCCGUUCACCAAGUAUUCGCCUCAAGAAUGAGGAUAUAAUUUGUAUAGAGAUGGAGGGGAAUAUACAGCGGAUACGAGAAGUUCCGUUACAAAAUUAUUUCAUUGUUUUCCUUGUUAGUGCUCGAGAUAACUACAGAACGUUUUCUGUGGAACCAAGGAAAGAUCCCGAAAACAGAGCCUAUGGCUUAUUGAAUUAUUACAAAGACAGCGAGGAUGAUCAACCUUUCCUCCAUAGUGCUCACAUCGACGCCAACAAAUAUAUGAUAGGGCAUCUUGACCGUGCAAAAACCGCUCCAAAUACAGCCAGAGGACCAGGGGUGAUGACACCAAAAUCAUUUGGUGGAUCAUGGACAACUUCUCGACCAGCAACAAGAUCGGCUAGAGAAUCAGUCAAAUACAGAGCAGUCUUUGAUGAAGUUCCUGUAUUAAGUCAUCAAAGUAUCCUUGCAUUGUGCAGCUAUCUAAAAAUAGAAACAGUUCAGAAUCUAGCGUACGAACUCGGCGUUCCAUAUGAUGAAGUCAUGGAAUCGAAAUGUUCAGGUGAGCCUCCAGUAAUGAUUAACUAUAACAUUUUGUGGAAAUGGAGAGGACCUAAACCAGCUAGAGAAAAGGUUCAACAACUUAUUAACGCAUUUAGAAUAUGUGGGUACUCCCAUAUCGGAGAGAAAAUCAUGAACGCAGGAAACCAGAAAAGAGCGCUAACAAAAGAAGAAUUCAAAUAGAAAAAAAAUGUUAGGAAACAAUCAUAUGUGCUAUUCAAGAAAAUACAAGAAAAAAGUGAUGCCAAAAAAUAAAUAUAAACUAUAACUGCAUGUUGUCUUCAUGCAGAAGUACUGACGUGCCGUUUUUGGUAAAAGAAAAUUACUUCCACAUGCUUAUGUACGCGGAAUAAAAACAACGUUUUGGACGUUUACAGUUUCCAUAAUAAUGUAAACUGGUAAUAACAGUUGGAAUCAGGCGAUGAUUUUAUGUGUAUGUGUAUUAGAAAGGACGCAUGUUGUUUUUUAUUUGUAAAGUAACUAUUGUAAAUCCCAUUUCAGUCUUAUAUAGUCUAAUAUUACUUCAUUCAUAUAUUCUUUUGCCUGUCCAUAUGAAGAAAUUCUGAACAUUUCGUAACAGUUUUUGCAUGUACAAAUACAUGUUGAUGUACAAUCGACAGUUCUUCAAUAGCAUUUGACACUGUUGCUGAAACUCCACCAAUGUUAAUCAUCUCUUCUUGUCAACCAAUAAUUAUAACAUUUCAAUUAUUAUCACCCUUUAUUAAUAAUAAAAUAAGCUCAGGCGGUGACAAGAUUGUGCUUUGAUGUCCCUGUUUUGUCCAGAUACUUCGGAUGUUGCUCUUCUAGACAUUUACAGUCUUAUUUAGCAUCAUUUACAUCAAAUGUAAAAAAAAUCAAUCAUAUAAACUGUUAAAAACUAGAAUAGAAUGUUUUAUUAUAAUUUGUUAUCAAUGGUUUAUUUCCUUAUUUGUGAUAUAUGUAUGUAAAAUCGAUUAUGUUUUAUAGCAUUAUGAGGAAAUACUUUCAUUUUGAAUUUCAUUGUUUCUGUGUUAGCACUAUUGUGUUUAUUAAUUUUGGAAAUAGUGUUUUAUCGUCUAUUUUUUUAAAAAUGAAUUUGCCACUAAAAUGGAAUUGAAUUCGAUCGUACAUUAACACCAUCCACAAUGUAAUUAAUAUACCAACUCAGUAUGUGUUCUCUAUAUAAUAUCAGAGAAGAAAAUUUCGCCUGCUGGUAUAUGGUUAGCGAUUACAAAAACGUGUCAUUUGUUUAUGACCUGAUGACACCAAAAGAUGAAACAGUACACUUUGUAACUCUGUCUUGAUAAGAAGAAAUUCCCUUAGAUAAAUCUAGCAUCUUUUCCUGUCUUAUUAAGUAAUUUGUUUGCACAUGAGGAAGUUUAAUCUGUUUUAUCAAAAUUAUUUUAUAUGUAAACUACCUAAGUAAACCCCCGAUUGUUUCAAUGAUGUCACGAUUCAAUGUACCGUCUUCCAUUUAGCAUUUGAAUCUUUAAUCGCCAUCGUAUAUUUCUGUUGGGAAGGUAAGCACAUCUACCUGGUAGGUUACAUACUUUAAUUUCAUGCAUGCCUGAUCCACUCAAGCUAACCGAACGAGUUUCCAAAAUGUGAUUCUUCGAAAAUAAGCCUCGUCACCAUUUAUAGUACAAUAAACUCUAUUCUGUUGUUCUAUUUUUCACUACUGACAUCGACAUUGCUACUACUGAUGCCUUUCUCGGCCUCACUAAUGCUUUUGUUAUUUCAAAUGUCAUUAGUGAUUAUUUCAGCACCAACACCAUUCAUUGCAUUACCGUUGUUUUUACACUCAAUAAUAUCAUUGUAGUUCACUUUCAAAUAAUGUUUCAUCUUUCUGAACAGCGUCUUUUUAACCACUGUCAUCGCUCCUGUAAUCUUUGCAAAAGAUAUCACUGUUUGUACUCAUGUUGCUAUUGCCUUUAUUCCUUACAUUAUUAAAAUUAUUACAAGCAUCACUUCUCGUUUUAUUUACUUUACCACAUAUAGAACCUAUGUUUUCUUGUCU